AGAAGCCCACGCGCACAGCGCCUGAACGAGAGCAAACAAAAAGGAGAUAGGCAGCGAUUUCCCACUUGUCCAGUUUGUCUCUAUAUAUAAUCCUGCUAUCUACUUGGCGGGGCGUGAAGAUGCGCUCCAAAACGACGAAAUCCUCAGCUCUGCUGGGGAUGGCAGCGCUGACAACCUUUGUUGUGUUGGCUUCCCACAGUUGCGUGAGUGAGAAUCUGAAUAUCAGCGCACGUGGGACCGCGACAGUGCAGCAGCCAAUCAGAGCCAACGUCGUAUCGGUGAACGCAGAUAGGCUUGAUGUCAAGCACAUUGUGGACCGGUGAAACUCUGCUGUGUUGUCUAGCUACUCGUGGACGAGGAAGGGCUGGAAGAGAAGCGAUGCUCGGUGAACCAGAGGCAGUGCAAGAGGUGUGGCAAGGGACUCACCGGUGACAAAAGGUGUGAGCUGUGCGAAGUGGGCUUUUUUCUGUCCAGAAACGCGUGCAUACGUGAGCAAAGUGGCAACAGAAUCGAGACGAUCUGUCAGUUGUUUUCUCUACUCAGCAAUGAAUAAGUGUAACGUGUUGGGUGAUACUGUGUUGGGUGACACACAAAGAAAUGACGUCGCACGAACAAGGUACGCAAGGAAAUUACCUCGUAGAUUCAACUUCAAGUUCUCUUCCCUCCGCAGUCUGUUAUCCUCCCUUGUUGAAUGCCAUUACAAGUGUGCCAGGUCACCCGGUUGUGAAGCAGUAUCCUUCUAUGAUAAUGGUCAUUGCGUUCUCCACGACCACACUGCUCUUAAGACGAUGGGCUACAAGCAGGGCGUCCAGAGCGCCAGGCUUGAUUGUAAGCCUAUUGAAGAUCCAAGGGGGGACGGCUGUAGAGCAUCUUAUUGUGAAAAAUGCGGCGAGGGAGACAGGGAGUGUUUGCAGUGCCGUGGUAACUUUACCAGGACCGACAAGGGGAAGUGCAGAUACGAAAACAAAGAAGGUGAUAGCACUACUUCACGAAGAUUACUGAAACACUUUCUUGCUCGUGCAGAGGCCGACUGGCCAGAUAUCAGGCCUCCGACGUUCGGUUCUGAGUCUGAAAUUAUAAAAAAUGAAGUGGCGAGGAUCGUCAGUCUGAUGACCAUCGAAGAGAAGAUAGGGCAAAUGACAAUGGCCCGCCAGAAGUGGAUAAAACCCAGCGAGAUGAAGUCGAAUGCUGUGGGAUCGUACCUGCUGGGCGGGGACGACGAUAUCGGCGACAACUCAGCACAGGCGUGGGCCAGACUCUCAGAUCGUUACUGGAAUGCAACCACGGAGGUCGGCGACGCAAUCAUCCAUCCCCUCUUCGGGAUCGAUGCCAUCCACGGGCACAGCCAUCUUUCCACAAGCACAUUGUUCCCGCACAACAUCGGUUUAGGGUGCACUAAUGAUCCGAAACUCAUUCGGAAGAUCGGCAAGAUAACCGCGAAGGAACUGGUGGCCACGGGUGUUGACUGGACUUUUGCGCCAACACACGCAGUUGCGCAGAACUGGCGGUGGGGGCGAACGUACGAGUCCUUCAGCCAGGUAAGGCAGCCCGAUCAGGAGUGCGUGCAAAUGGAUGGUUGCGCUGCUGUGCGUCUGCAGAUACCAGCGAAUGUCGAGAGACUUGCCAAGGAAUUUGUCAUCGGUACAGCAAUCGAGUCCCACAGGUCAUCUCCUUCAUACCUGGCCGAUUUCAUACUUCAGGCCUCCAAGGCGCCGUUAAUGAAACAUUUCUCGGCGUGGAAAAUGUCCUUGGGUGUGCCAAGCACUUUGGGGGGGAUGGCGGCACCGAGGGAGGGAUCGAUCAGGGCAAUUUUCGUGGGACGCUGCAAGAGUUAAAAGACACCCAUCUGUCGCCCUACUUCGGCUCAAUCGAAGCCGGAGUGCAGACCAUCAUGGCAUCGUUCAAUUCGUGGAACGGCGUGAAGACGCACGGGAAUGAGUUUCUGCUGAGGGACGUGUUAAAGAGGAGGCUGGGCUUCACCGGGCUGGUAGUCGGCGACUGGAAUGGGCAUGCACAGGUAGACGGAUGCUCACCUGUCCAGUGCGACCAAGCAGUUGAAGCAGGUCAACAAAGCGAGAUAAGCAGCAGGCAGGCAAUGCACCUUCCCGUGUGCUUAUACAGGUGUUGACAUCAUGAUGCUAAGCAAGCGCGAUUGGAAGGGUUAUCUCCAGAACACGACAAGCUCAGCCAAAAAGGGCAGCAUCACAGCAGAGAAGAUCGACGAUUCUGUGACACGAAUCCUCACAGUCAAGGCUCUCUAUGGGGCCAUGACGACUCCCGCCCUCCGAGCAGCAGGCAUAAAGGAGCGAGCCUCCCCGUCGCAGCGGCCUGGCGCAGGGCAGUCGUCGGUCUUGGAGGCUGCCGAGCAUCGCGAGACGGCACGAGAGGCCGUACGGAAGUCUCUGGUCAUGCUCAAGAAUGGUGCCAAAGGAGCGACAGGCAAACCUGUACCUCUGUCCACGACGGGCAAGUAUCUCGUCACUGGAAGGUGUGCAGAUGACAUCGGCCUGCAGAACGGAGGAUGGACGAGAGACUGGUAAGCAUGUGAUUCUUAUACCACCCACUGCGGGCUGUUGGGCUGGCUGAUCGGCCAUCUACGUGUGUCUUUCACACAGGCAAGGCAGUCCCAACUAUCCCAACCGCUUUUUCGGGAAGGGCGAGUCGAUCUACAAGGGCAUCCGGGGGGGAAUGGAUGGCGGCGGGUCCGCAACCCUCUACCAGAUGGUCGACGGUGAAUUCCCCGACCUCAGCAGCUAUGAUGCCCUCAUCUUCUGCACCGGAGAAGAUCCAUACGCAGGUAACAGCAAAAACCUUCGCAUGAAUCGUGUUCUCGUGAUAAUUGUUGAAUGCCACCUAGAGUACUUCGGUGACCGGCACUGGCCAGCAUCGAUGGAUUUUGGACAAUUCCGUGUCGGCGCUGCCGAUGCGGGAUUCCUGGAAGAGGUCCGGACCAAGUACCCGUCUCUGACCAUCGUGACCCUCUUGUCCUCGGGCCGCCCACUCUACGUCAACAAGGAGAUCAACCUGAGCGAUGCUUUCAUCGCGGUGUGGCUACCUGGGACACAAGGUGGCGGGGUGGCAGACGUGCUCUUCGGGAAAAACGACCUUGUGGGCAAGCUGUCGUUUCAGUGGGCAUUGGAUCCAUGUGUAACCAUGGAGUACAACGGGGCUCAUGGUAACGAUCCGCCGUUCACUAAUCUGAUGCUGCCGAUUGGGUAUGGGCUGACGUACGAUGACGAGUCACUGAUGCCAACUCUGAACGUCGAUCAUUUACCACAAGUAAGUUGACAUGUGGACACAUACGCGAAAACUGUUUCUAUGUUCAACUUUUAUGCUCGCUGGCUUUGUAUGAUCAGUGUGAUCAGGAAAGGAGGUAGGACACACCGAAUUUAGAGGGUGGGGGAGCAGGGGUGAAUGUGCCUUGGGAAAAGUCGAUCCACCGGAGGAGUUGAUGAGGGGCUCGCCGAAGGCCUCGCGCAUCUUCUCAUCGACAAAGGAAGCCGUGGAUGGCACGGCAGGGCCAGCAGAGGGGGAGACGGCACCGAUUCAUCAUCAUCGCAAACGGCCGGGUCCGCGGGAUACUCAAAAUUCGUGCACGUGCCGCGCUUGCAGUUGACACAGUCAGUGCAGAGGCGCAUCCUCGGCUGCAUGUGGACAGCGCAGACUUCCCUUUCGCGUUGCAUGCGCAACAGGGGAGCCCGCCGCCGUCUCGCGGGAUGAGGGUCGCUGGAGGGGGCUGGGUGUAGUCCGACACACGCUCCCUCAUCCGAAAAGGAGGAGAAACAGCCGAAAAAUCACCGACUCAAUCAUUGGGCUAUAGAUGGUAGAGAAUGAAUGAAUGGUGUAGCAGUGAAUGACUAGUCUUCGCUCUGUCUUUGCUGCACAGUCGAUGCGGAGAAAGCAGGCAGGCAGGUAGUGUGUGUCUCUGUACAGACUUGUGUGAGGUAUAUCUCGCGAACCAGAGCAAGUGAGAAGACGGCUGUUUGAGUGGUUAAGGGGCUUUCCGUGUCGUUUCAGUUGGGGCUAGCCCGGUGCGUGUCUAUCCAGUCGCUGCACAGAAAACAGUAAGGCAGACAAUUGUUGUCGUCAGACAGAAUUGAGUGAAGCACAUCUCGCCAACCAGAGUAUGAAGUGAGAGUCUUUUGAGUGAGGCUUCAGAUGCGGCAGUCCGAUCCGUGGUGGUGUCUUGGUUGCAGAGAAGGAGGCGAGUGGAUGAUGGGCUGUUGGAGGGGUGACAGUUCAGAAUGAAGGAGAGUGAGGGAGGAGCUGCUGCUUGGUGUGAGUGAGGUUCUCACCUGGCC